UCACUAUGAUUUUGAGACCCAAAUAUAUUAAUAUAAUUUGUACAAAUAUGACUUUUCAGCAUAUCACAUUUUGGCUCAAAGUUCACCUUGAAGUUCAAUGUGUUAUUUUAUUAUGCCGUUUUGUUGAUAACAUUUACAGCCAAGGUCAGGCAGUUAUCACACACUUGACAAGCAAAUAAAUAACACAGAUAUAAUAGUGGAAAAAAUCAUGUCCAGUUGUGAAACAACUUACAUCUGAUAAGGGAACAAAUGUCCACUGAUCUAACUUUAGAUUGAAAAUAUCAGUGCUUAUACCUCUCACAGUUAUUGUUAUUGUAAACUUUCCAGAUCUUUUCAUUGUCUCCUAAAACUUGAUUGUAUGUGGCUGUUGCAUCCUUCAUAAUAAUCCUAUGAUAAUAUAUCAGACUUUCAGGGAUAAAAGAGUGAUUUAUGAUGGAACAAUUCAAGUUGGCUCUUUUAUCAUAUAGUGCUUCCCCCUGCCACAGUCACAAAGUUACUCACUUCACUUGAUGGUACACAAUGUCAGUGGAAGUAGAGAAGCUAGAGCUCAAAGAGCUGGACAAAACUUUGCUGAAGAAGAACGAAUCCUCACCUAAACCUCUGAGCAAAUAUGAAAGAAUAAUCCAGCCAUGUGUUGCCGAGCUGGUGGGCACAACAUUUUUUGUCUUCAUAGGCUGUGUGUCUGUCAUUGAAAAUGUGGAGGCAGCAGGAAGACUUCAGCCAGCACUUGUACAUGGUUUGGCAGUGGCUGUGUUGGUGGCAUGUAUGGCAGAAAUCAGCGGAUCACAUUUCAACCCUCCAUUCACCAUCGCUAUCUGGUUGUGUGGUGGAAUGCAGCUGACGAUGGUUGUUCCCUACCUUAUCAGUCAGCUUAUCGGAGGUGUGCUGGGAGCUGCAAUGUCAAAGGUUAUGACAUCACACGAGAACUACAUGAAUGCUACCGGAGCAGCCUUUGCUAUUCUUACUUCUGAUGAGCAACUGGGGAAGGUUGUGUUUGCUGAAAUGGCCAUGACAUGUCUAGUAACUAUGGUGGUGCUGCUGGGGGCAGUCAAUGGAAAGAGCAAAAGCCCCCUGGUGCCCUUCAUGGUGGGCUGCACUGUUAUCGUCAAUAUUCUGGCAGGAGGAGACGUUUCUGGCACCUGUUUGAACCCUGCAAGAGCGUUUGGACCUGCAUUGCUAGCUAACCACUGGUCUUAUCAUUGGGUUUAUUGGGUCGGUCCGAUAGGGGGAGGUCUGGUGGCUGCUGCUCUCGUGAGGCUUCUGCUUGGAGAUGAGAAGACGCGAGUUAUAAUGAAAUGAUAUUGGAGCACAUCAGCAUGCAAAGCCACUCAAUUCAUGAUGCCUCUAAUAGCCUACUUCUAAAUACUCUAAAUAUUUCAUAUGUCUAACUUAACAGCAUAUAUUGCAAUUGCAUUUCUUUGUGCGUGCUUGACUUUUAUAACAAAUGACCAACACUUUUUCUUUUUUUCCAGCAGAUGUCAGUAAAUUGUCUGUUGAUAACGUUUCACAUAAAAUAGCAUGUCUUUUCUCAAGCUGGAGUUUAGAUUUUACUCGAAAUACAUUUUAUUCCAUAUUUUUAUAUUUUUAUAUUAGCCUGUAUCAGUGUGUUUUAAAUACUGCACAUUUCAACAUUAACAAUAACUCAGCUGCUGGGUCAAUUUUACUGUCGAGGCUGCUCCUGCCACUUCCUUUGAUUGUGAAAGAAUGACUCGUCAUUGAAUAAAAAUAUUUUAUAUUAAA